CGUCCAACGAGUUCGACCAACAGCUAAAAAUAGAACCGAGAAAGUUGGGACGAGAUUCGGGACUGAGAUUCAUGGGGUUGCUGAGGAAUUCGGCUCUCCUGAGGGAUAGAUCGGAGAGAAUUAAGGAAAUACUGUUCCGGCUUCUACCGGUGUUGAGGAUUUUCUGCGUCGUGGCCGGUAUAUUUUGGUUUCUAAUCUUACCACUCGACGAUCUAACGAAGAAUGCGUACAUUUCGGAGAAUGCUUUGCUACCCGGGCAGGUCAAUACCUACUUUGGAUGGAGCGAGGAUAAUGUGCAAAGAGCGUAUAUACACGAGAUGAACGCUGUGAAGGAUGCUUCACGCGGAGUGAAGACUGCGAAGGUGGAAGAGUUGUUCGAUUUGAUUGGACUGAGUAACACACGCCAAACGUACCGUGUCAAGAUGAAUCAGACCGAUGAAGAGAAGACGAAUGUGUAUGGAAUCCUACGAGCGCCUCGGGGUGAUACAACGGAAGCCAUCGUGCUUGGCGCGUCCUGGAAGAGCAUUGACGGAAAAGACAACGACCAUGCCGUCGCCCUAGUCCUCGGUCUGGCUCGCUACUUCACAACAUGGUCCCUCUGGGCAAAAGAUAUAAUCAUCCUCAUCACCGAAGACCCUUUAGUCGGCCCAAAACGAUUCCUCGACACGUAUCAUGGACACACAUCCGCGGACACCGCUCCCCUCUCCCUCAGGUCCGGCGUGAUUCAGCAAGCCGUUUGGAUUGACUUUGCAUAUGACGAGCAUGAAACGGACAUGCGCGGAAUCGAACUCUUGUACGAUGGAUUGAAUGGACAGAUGCCGAAUAUGGAUAUCGUCAACUCAGCAUACUUUAUCGCAAAAGGACAAAUGGGGCUCCGAGUUUCCAUCCCGCACAGUGAUCCAGCUCACGAUACAUACCUCAAUCGUCUCCGGACGCUAUUUUACAACAUCUACUCUCAAUUCUUAGGAGGAUCAACGGGUCCGCACUCAUAUUUUCCGUCUUACAAGAUCGAUGCGAUUACUAUCCGUGCGACCGCGACGUCGAAUGUGCAGCAUGCGAUGACGCUAGGUCGGACGGUUGAGUCCUUAUUCAGGACGUUGAAUAAUCUCCUGGAACAUCUUCACCACUCGACAUUCUUUUACCUCAGCGUCAGCGAGAAGAAGUUUAGUCCCGUGGGCACAUACCUCCCGGGUGCGAUGAUGCUCAGUAUAGCGUGCAUAUUAACGGGGAUCGAAGGAUGGUCCAAGAAGACUAAGAGCGGAGGGCUGAAAGUAAACGAGAUGCUGACGUCGGUGUGUAUGAUGAUCGCUAAAUUAUCGUCGUGGCGAAGGUUUUGGAGUGUUCGGCUCCGCUCCUCAGCCCGAGAAUCUGCUUCAAUACCAAGUUACUCAAGGUGUUUUCACUCCUGAUGCUGGGUAUGAUUCUCUCCGCCUUUGCCUCGCUCAACUUUGCAUUGGUGUACAUCAUCGGCGCUCUCGUUUCGCCGCUGAACUUUGUCCGACCGAUACGCAGUCACACUGGACGUAUCAUCGUGUCAAUCCUUCUUCAGGUUCUGAAUCCGACGGCGUUUAUGCUAUGGCUGGCGAUAUAUCAACGGGAUGGCGAUGCGGCGACUUUGCAAGGGGGUAUGGGAACUUUCAAAGAGUGGGGUACUUGGUCACCGUUGAUUUGCUGGGCG